UACCGCCCGCUCGUUGUUCAUCACGCCGACUCGAGCUUCCCACCCCCCCCUCUACCCGCCUCAUCGCAACUACCACAGGAAGCUUGAUCAGCAGCGGGAACUAUACUAGUGCCGUGGGAAGGGGUACAAAUUGCUUCCGCGUCAGUACCGACGGUUCUGCUGCCAUCUUAUGGUGGAGGAACGAGGAGCCGGGCCGAGAGCAACGAUUGACAGCCAAGGGUUGGGUAGCGCUGUUGGUCCGACGACCGGGGGGCAGCAGGGAUGCUACGAGCGUCUCCGAGGGAAUGGCGGACCUACCCGUCACGUUUGCUUGAUGGGGAUAUCGGAGCGCGACGAUGACGCCGUCAGAGAAGUGAGUCUUUCUUUCGGGAAGGUAUCGAGUAUCGAGCGGAAUGCGAAGAACCGAGGCAUUCGGGUAGUGACGUACGAUGCAGUCGCAGAUGCGACGGCUGCCCAAGCGGGUCUCGCGGCGAGACUCUCUCCUCGAAUGGGCCGAACCGUGGCGGUCCAUUUUUGCUCCCUGGUCCCUCCGAAGCCGCGGGAAGGCUUGCGCUGUACUUCGGAGACCGCUGGCGUGGAUGUUCCAGGCCUGACAUUGAUCAAAGGGUUUGUUACAGAGGAGGAAGAAGGUUCCUUGCUGAAGCACUUCGUGCAGGGUGACGACGUCCGAUGGACAGGCCCUCUCAAGCGUCGAGUUCAGCAUUUCGGGCGGGUCUUCGACUACCACACAAGGCAUGUGGACUUCGAUGCCCCCGCCCCGCCGCUGCCGGAGUGCCUGACGGACGUCGUGAGGGAGAUGGGGGAUCGAGGUCUCAAACCGUCGGACCCGGAUCAGUUGACCCUGAACGAGUACAAGCCGGGACAGGGGAUAUCUCCCCACGUGGACACCCACUCGGCGUUCGAAGACGGCUUGGCUUCGCUUUCUCUCGGCAGCGGCUGCGUGAUGGACAUGCGGCAUCCGGACGGUGUGCGCGUGAAGAACUUGUACCUCCCGCGAGGCUCCUUGCUUGUUAUGGAGGGUCCCGCGCGAUACGAGUGGUCCCACGGGAUCGCCAGCCGCAAAACUGACAUGGUUGACGGAGUGCUGACGAGGCGGUCGACGCGUAUUUCGUUCACGUUCAGGCGCGUGCGAGACCCGGCUGUGGCGUGCGGGUGCGACUUCGCUGGGAGCUGCGAUCGAGAGGCGCCUGUGGCCACCGCCACCUUUCUCAAGAAAGGGUGACCGCUAGGGAUUUUUGUUACGGAAACCAGCACGCUACGGGGCGUUGGGAUGCCAAUCCGAUCCAACCGUGAUAACAUAGGCCAUGUCCUCUUGCGUAGCCCCCCGGGAGGCAAGCCACCUACCACCCGAAGGGGAGCCUUGCAGAGAGUCCGAUAUAUUGGUGGUGUAGGGGAUUUCCUUCACGGGACACCAACAGCAGCAGGUAGGUAUGGUCUGGCUGAGGGAAUGUCUGUUGUCUUUAGACGCAGGCCCUUCGUCGGUAACAACGGAGGGUUUUGGGUUUCCACCUGCCGGGCUCAUUCUGCGCCAAGCAUAGAAUGCCGCGGGGUAUUGGGGGAGUCGUGAUGGAAGAACUGGUGCUGCUGUUGUUGACGAACUCAGACUGUUCGCUGUGUUUAUGCUGUGUUCCUUCGUGCGGACUGCACAUUUUAGAUUCGGACACGUGACACAGAAUCGGCUUCGGCCAGUAUGCAUGAGAGAUGGUUCUUCGGAAUGGUGGCUGUGUAGAAUAUGCUUAUGUUCGAGUUGUUGCCACAAGAGAAAGGCAGCUCGGCGGCAUUUUCACGCUACUACAAAAAAAGGUUUUCAUUCCAUGCUGCUGCUGUGAUGCUGUGUUGGCCUGUGAUCACGGAAGGCUCCCACCAACUCCAACGUUGCUAGCUCGACCGUUACACUUG